CCAAAUUCCCCAAUUUAAAAUUUCGAAAUAGCAAAGACGCCAGUAAAUUCAAUCGAUUCUCCUGAAGAAGAUGGUGUAUGGUGAAAACACAGCCGCCGCAGCCGCCGCCACCUCUCCCACCAAAUCCAGGCUUAGGGGCUCACUUCCUCCGCCUUCAGCUGUUCCCUUCAGCCCUUUCUGGUCUCGGUCCGAGGACAAGCUCUUUGAGGAGGCGCUAGUUGAUUUUCCGGAAGGAUAUCCCGGUCGGUGGCAGAAGAUAGCCGAAAGAGUUCCUGGGAGAUCGCCGGAAGACGUAGAAAAUCAUUACCUGAAGUUGGUUCGCGAUGUAAGUGAUAUUGAGUCGGGUCUGAUUGAUGUUCCGGAUUAUGCUGACGAUGACGACUGGGCUAUCCUCUCGAAUCCAGAUUCCGGACAUCAAUUCCCCUUAUCUAAGUCCAGGAACGCUGAAACUGAACGGAAAAAGGGUACUCCAUGGACGGCAGAAGAACACAAGUUGUUCUUAUAUGGGCUGCAGAAAUAUGGGAAGGGUGAUUGGAGAAGUAUCUCAAGAAAUGUAGUGCAGACGCGAACGCCUACUCAAGUUGCCAGCCAUGCCCAGAAAUUCUUUCUCCGCCAGCAAUCUGGCAAGAAAGAGAGGAAAAGAUCCAGCAUCCAUGACAUUACCAUGGUGGACCCCAACACGGUGAGUGUGCAGGUGCCCGCUGAGCAAGUUUGGGUUCCAGCACAACCUGAAAUGCAACAGUUGCCCCCUGUGAGCCAUUUGCCAAGUCAAGGAGGUCACUUGGAGUUCGACUAUGGGUAUGAAAACUACGGUGCUGGUGAUCAUCAAAACCACAACUUUCAUAUGUAAAGGAGGAUGAGAAGCUGCAUACUGUGUACAUAUGAGAUUGAGCUUCUCAUAGUCAAGACAGAUUUAAAAUUUUUUUUUUCUAGGAUCCAAGUGUUAUGUCCAUAUGAAUUUGAAGUGUUUGAUCAUGAAAUACAGUUGGUGGCACAGAUGCAUGUAUUUGUGAAACCAAAGAGAUGAAUUUGUGGAGGGGAGUUAACCAUUAGUUGUUUUUUAGGUGGAGUAGAUUUCGAGCUAUAGCAUUUGAAAUUUGAACAUACUGCUGUAGUUUAGGUUUAUUACUACCUUUUUGUUAUCAGUAUCAGCUGACAGUUUCUUUUGUUGACUGAUAAUUAAGUUUGAAAUGUGGUUUAUAAAUAAGGAAUAAUCCCAACUACUGUACAUUACUAGACAACUAUGAUAGUUGACAUUUUAGACUUUUAUAUAUCAACAUGACACCUCUAUUGGUUGAGAAACUUGUGACUGGAUAUCAGGUUGUAGGCAAGCACGAGAUUAUGUGUAAUAUAAUUUAGAAAUUUAU